AUGGCUGUCUUCCUGGAUUUGCCCGCCGAACUUGUCGACAAUGUACUAUUGCAGGCAAUUAUAUGCCGUGGCGUGAAAAGGGGUCUACGACUACGCCUCGUCUGUAAGCUUUUCUCGGAUGCCGUGAAACCCGCGCUUUUCAAAUCCAAGUUAUUGGACGGAUUCAAUGCCCCGGUGGUGAACAGGCACUGGCACCUGAAACCCGAGUCCUAUGGUUGGCGGCUUUGGCAUUCAUAUCUCACAUACAGAGUAAAGAAUGAGACGGAUCCGGCGGUUGGCCGUCUGGCUGAGAUACAUAGCAUUGCCGUCAUUGUCCACGAAGAAUGCAGGUCUGGAAUGGAGCUCGAUUUCAUCAUCGGUGGCCUUUGUGGGCUAGUGCUGGAGCAUGGGAGAAUGAAAACCGGCUUCCACGAGGGUUGGGCGUAUGCUCGGCCGAAGGAGAGGCAAGGCCAUGGCCUCGACUUGCUUUCGGCAGCUGCUUACUUUAACAUGGUGCCUCUAGCGGAGCGCCUGCUGGCUAAAGAUAUUGAUGCAGCCGCGAGCAAUGAGCUGCUCCCGUCGCCAGCCAGGCUUGCGGCCUCAGCGGGGAACGAACACAUGCUCGAAAUACUCCAGAGGCACGCAGAACCAGUGGUGCUGUCCGAGAUCACGUACUUUCCCGAUGCUACAGAUUGGAGACAGUGUAUCGGGGAAGAAUCAAUCCAGGGAGCUGCAGCCUGUGGCGACAUUGGGAUGCUGAGUCUUGCGAUGCGCCCUUACCACUCAGUGAGUGACAAUCCCGAGGAACUUGUCACACAGUGCGGCCGGAUCGAGUUGGCUGUCCGGAGUGCCCGGUGGAACGCCGGAAACCCGCAAGUAUUCGAUCUCCUAGAGAGCUGGCUUCGGGACUCUGAGCUGGCGAGACACGGUCAUAGCAUGACAAGGUAUGCUUUGGCAAGGUAUGCCGAGUUUGGUAGGCUGGAUAUGGUCCGCCAUCUAAUCGACAAGGGUGUUGAUAUCAACGGGGGAUACAACUGGGAAGGCCGCAUCAUGAACCCGCUGUCUAACGCAUGCCGCAGGUGCCAUGAAGACAUCGUCGAUUUUCUCGUAGAGCACGGUGCUAUACUGGACAGCGAUACGGACAGAGACAAUUCCCUCCCGGCCGCAGCGGCUGCGGGGAGCUUGGCUCUUGUCCAGAAGUUGAUCGAUCACGGGACCCCCCUUAACAAUACCACAGCAUUGCAAGCCGUCUGCAACGCCGUUAACGUCGAGAACGAAGGCAUUGUUCGCCUUCUACUCCAGAAGGCGGACUUUCCCUCGGACGAUUACUGGCACUGGAUAAAGGGGCCCGACAUUGACAAGGCGAGGAAGGAGGGCCUGGACUCAAUGGCGGAGAUAUUACAAAACUGGGUGGAUAAGAAUCCGCCGGCCAACUAG